UCCUAGUUAGUCAUAGGACCUCCUGUGACACAGAUACGAGGCUCUGAGGAGAAGUCACAAAUCACUGGAUAAAUCACAUCAAUUUCCCCAUGAGUUUUAUAUUUUUAAUUUUUUUAUCUGGGGUUUUUCCCUCAGGAAUUAACAACUUGAAACCCAACAUGGAAGAGUUACCCAAUGUGACAUCUUUCAAUGAUGAACACACGACUACAAUUGGUCAUGCACACGGAGAAGGAACUACAAUUGAUCAUGCACACGGAGUCGGAACUACAAUUGAUCAUGCACAUGGAGACGGAACUACAAUUAAUCAUGCACACGAAGAAGAAACUCAUAUAAGUUUUACUCCUCAUUCAAGUACAGUACUUCAUGGGGAAACUACUCCUGCUAAUGAACUUCAUGGGGAAACUACUUCUGCUAGUGAACUUCAUGGGGAAACUACUCCUGCUAAUGAACUUCAUGGGGAAACUACUUCUGCUAAUGAACUUCAUGGGGAAACUACUCCUGCUAAUGAGAAAACUGGAAAUUAUUACAGAGAUAUAAAACAAUAUGUGUACACCACAAGAGUUCCACCUGGUACAGAAUCUGAAAUAACUGUCACAGCAACAACGGAUCUGAGAUUUGCCGUAAAGCACCAUACAACGGUCACCACAACUGGACCACAAACUGAAGAAACACCCUUUCAUAAAUAUGUGAAAAAAACGACCCCAAAUGUGCCUGCGUUUUGGACAAUGUUAGCUAGAGCUAUAAAUGGAACAACAGAGGUCAUGGAUGAUAGAGAUCAAUUAUUUCAACCAAUUCCAGGUUUUGAUGUGAACACUACAGAGGAAGACACACAAUCACUGCUAGAUGAUCUCAAGCUCAAAAUAAUGCUGGGCAUCUCGUUGAUGACCCUUGUCCUUUUUGUCACUCUCUUGGCAUUCUGUAGUGCCACCUUGUACAAACUGAAGCAGCUAAGCUACAAUAGUCAGUACAAUCAAUACUCCACCAACCAACAGAUGACAAACACAUCUUAUUCACCACGAUCAGACGAUAUAUCAGAUACAUCUUAUUCUGGGGGCAGCAGCACAUAUUGGCCUACCACAUCCUCAGAUGCAAGAAGAUCAGGCUCAAGAAUGUCAAAAUAUAGAAACAUGACAGAUUGGACUUCCACAGGCUCAGAUGAGACAUUCUUAAAUGAGUCAGAUAUUCCCAUGAGCGAGGAACCUAGUGAUGACUAGAUAACUUUAAUUCUUUUAUCACACACACAUAAAGACCUUUCGGUCUCACGUUGCUGUCAUCAUUUGGAACUGGUGACAUUCCACUUUCCGGUGUCUUAAGAGAAGGCUGUAUGCAAUAAAAAUUAUCCCGGUUAUGUAAAUUAAAGGGAAACAUUGAAGGAAAUAAUUUAAGGUGUGGAAAAACCAUCAACUAAAACAGUCCUGGACAGUGAUUUACAAAAUGUAUUCAGUGUGAGUGCAUUCAUUUCUAAAUAAAGAUUCUGAUAUAUUUACCUUA